AUCUGUUCCUGUUUAUCUAUCUUAAGUUUGGGUACAACAUUUGGUAUCAGAGCCUGGUUGUUAACAUCUCUAAAGGACCAAACACACUUCCCUCACCUUCUUAAUCCUUCCUUGAUACUUUAUCCCAAAUACAUCAUACAAAGUCUACAAAUCAGCCCAACCAAACACCAUGUCAAAUACCACUCAAAACAUAACCCAUGAAGAACUUGUGGCUUCAAAUGCAGCCCUGCAAGCUCAAGUUGAUUAUCUAGCCAAGCAAAUAGCCAAGCUCACUAAACAAAAGCUAGCUAUGUUGCAAUCCAGUGAUGAUGAAGAAGAAGCUAGUUCCAAUGCCACCAUAAGAACUAGAGCUCAAGAUAAGUCCGGUUCUGAUUUCAAAGUGGAUAUUCCCAUCUUUGAAGGAAAAUAUGACCCGGAUGAGUUCCUUGAAUGGCUGGAAACAGUGGAAAGGGUAUUUGAUUUCAAAGAAGUAUCCGACGAGAAAAAGGGCAAGAUUGUAGCCUUGAAGUUUCGGAAAUAUGCAUCUACCUGGUGGUCCAACAUCAAAACUAAGAGGAGUCGAGAUGAGAAACCUCCGGUUGAUACCUGGCAAAAGAUGAAGACUCUCUUGAAAAAGAAGUUCCUACCUACUGAGUACGUACGUGAGAAUUUUGCUAGGCUUCAAACGCUUAGACAAGGUUCAAAAUCUGUCGAGGAUUACACCAGAGAAUUUGAAGAACUCUUGCUGAGGUGCAAUCUGCAGGAGAAUGAAGAACAAACCUUCGGAUUAUACCAAGAUGAUGAAGAUUUCAAGGAGGCAUACCAUAAGUGCCUCACACGGUCCUUUGAUACAAAGUACAGUUGGGAAGCGGAGAAACGAGCACAGGAGAUACAAGCUAUUCACAACAAGGUCCGAGCAAACAUUGAGAAAAUGAAUGAGCGUGUCAGUGGAAAGAUCAACAAGAGACACAAGAAAAUGGAUUUCCAGCCCAGAGAUCUUGACGGGAAUGGAGGCCUGGAAAGAAAAUGCUGGAUGACUUCCAAAGAGAGACUAGAAGCUGAGGCUAAAGCUGAUAAAUUAGUCAAUGAUCUCUGUAAGGCUAUUGAGCUUAAACGCUCCCUCCAAUCUCAAGAUCAAAUGAGGGAGGAUAUUGUUCAAAAAGAGACUCUAGAACCUAAGACCAACCCUGAACCAUCCAUCCAUCAGGUGCCAGUUCUAGAAGAUUCACCAAGUUCUACACCAUCACAGAAACCCGAGAGCAUAACAACUGUCGCUAGGGCUACUGUGGUGAUGUUACCAAAAUCCCUUCCUAGCCAAGUCACAACCAGCAUAGUCGUACAGAAGGUGGAACCAACUAAGGGACCUGACUCAGAACCACCUAUGCUUAGUCAAGAAAAGGAGGAGGAAGUUUUGCCUAUAGCAAUAAACGACCAUCUCCUUAAUUGUGUUGAAGACACACCUCCAGAGGAACCUGUUCUGGAGGAGAUAGAGCCCACUACAAGCCCCCAAGAUUCCAAUGUCCACGAGUCUAAGGAGGAACUUAUAGAUGAAGAAAAGCCAACUCCGUCUAUAGAACCCUAUGCAACCAAUGAUUCAUCUGAUGAUUCAGACUAUACUUUCUUUGACUCCCUACUUGACGGGUAUGACUACGUCUGCCCGAAGGAUGGUUGGAACUUAAAGAGUUGGGAUGAACUUCUAGUGAGUGACGACGAGGACUCUUCCUUGGGGGAGGGUAUGAUCAUAAUCAUCAAACCACAAAUGGAUAGUCAGUCAAUUGAAGAUAAGGAAGAAAUCAAUUUCGCAAUCAAAGCCAAUGAUGUGGAUCAACUGAGGAGACUUCUGCCCCCACCCACUUAUACAAAGUCUCCUCCAUAUAUCCUGUUGCCACCCAGCCGCGGGGAUGAGUCAUAUUACCACUCAGCUUUUGCUGAGCGUAUAGCGUUGUUUUCCCUUUGCUAUACGCAGGUAGGCAAGAGAACCAUGGAGCCUGACCCGGAUGACUGGGACAUUGAUGAGUUGCUGUACGACCCAAAAUGGAGGAUCCUGUUAUUCCUGCAUGCACCAGCCAACCUGGAAGUCACCAUCGAGUUUCUUUGCUCUCUCCGCUUCCUCAAUGACGGAGAGGAAGUAAAGUCAGCAGCUGAAGUCACCUCCACCACCAAGGUCACGUUCACUCUGAUGGGACGACUGCUGAACCUUACCGUGGCAGACUUAGGGUGGCUGAUUGGUCUUUACACGCUUCAUGAAACGCGGAGCCUGGCCUUUGCUAAUCUGCCCGACCAGUUGGAUCCAGAAUUCGAUGCCAAAAAGUUCUGGCAAGCUCAUGGGCAUGGUCGAUUUCACAGUGGAGCAAGCUUAGCUAGGAAUUGGGCACGACCGUCUUGGAGGAUUUUGCACCAUGCAUUGGCUCAUAGCUAUUUCGGCCGCUCUCAAGAACCUGACGUGGUGUUUGAUUCCGAUAUGCUAUUUUUCUGGAGUCUGGAAGCACGCGUUCCAGUCAAUCUAGCAACUUUUGUGGCUCGAUUCCUAUUUGCUGAGUCAACUUGCAACCACCAGUUUAUCUUGUGUGGGCCAAUGGUUACACUUCUGGGAUUAUGUAUGUCCGUUCCCGAUGUUCUUCCAGAAGCUGCAAGCAUGUUCCGACCACCGACACAGUAUUUGGCCCAGAUUGUUUAUAAUAAGGAAGACAAGGAGGCACAUCCUAGAAAGCAGCAUAUGAUUCCUAUGACCCUUCGCGAGCUUUUGCAAGCUAUGUUUGCAUUCCAGGACUGUAGACUCUCGCUUAAGGAGCAUGGAGACGCUCCUUCUCACGCAGCAGUGGCAGGUGGAGGAAAUACUUGACUACGUCCGGGAACAGGGAACAAAGAAAGCCGAGCAUGGGGCAGGUCCUAAACAAAGCAAAUGUCAGGGA